AUGGUUCGUUCGUUUGCUGUUAGCGCAUUCGCCGUGAUCGGUCUCCUUGCUGCCCAGACCCAUGCUCAGACCGAGCCGAUCUGGAGCAACGUAACUUGUAUUGACCAACUCUGGGCCAACAACUCGAUGGGCUGGUCCCCUUGUUUGGUAUCCGCGCACCUUUCCGCUCAAUGCACAUCCGACAAUUGCUCUGAUACUCGACGAUUCCAGCGUGGGGAGUGCCCGCUAUUGGCGCUGAGGGCCCUUAUUCGCCGCCUAACGGAACUUACGCCAACCUCUGCCGUUGCAAUUCCGUACAGUGGAAUCUCCUCUCAGCCUGCUCUAUGUGCCAGGGCGGCCAAGCCGGCACCUGGCAAAGUGCCUCACUGGGCGUAUUACGACUUCACACUUAGUGGGGUCUUCAAUGCCGUCAUUGCCUCUCAACAGACUGGUCCCGAGUCAUCUGCCGUGGCAUCCGCUACCUCUACAGUGCACCCACUUCGUGAAUCACAAUCGAGCGGCUCCAACACUGGUGCGAUUGUUGGGGGCGUCGUCGGGGGUAUAGUUGGCAUCGCUUUGAUUGCUGUCAUCGCGUUCAUAGUGGUCCGCAAGAACAAACAAAAUCAAAACACGGGAACGGAGGGUCAGUACAACCAGGGACAAUAUAACCCACAGGUAGGACACCAACCCAGCAGUGGGGCGCCAAUGAUGGGUCAAUAUCAAUCCGUCACUCAGCAUUCCGGAAUGUCUCCGAUUGUGGGCUCCGAACACAAGCCUUAUGAUCCAAGGGCGAACUGGAUAUCUAAUUGCUCACACAACGAUGUUACGGUCGGCAGAUACCCUCUUCAACUUCCUCCCUCUGUGGCUAUCCCGAGCUGGGCCUACCUCGAUUUCACUUCCCCAGGUACAUUCCAAGCUGAUCAAGCCCGCCAAGUUGCAACUGCAGCGACAGCGACCGAAUCUAUGAGCACUCGAAUCCAGGCCCCAACUUCUACUACGGGCACGCCUACACCAACGUCGGCUCCUAGCGGCUCCAAUAGUAAUGCAGGUGCUAUUGCGGGUGGUGUUGUAGGUGGUGUGCUCGGCGUCGCGCUUUUGGGUGUACUCGCGUGGUUCGUUCUCCGUCGAAGAAAGAACGCCUCAGCCGACCCCCGACCCACCAACGAAAGUUAUUCCGGAGAUGGUUACGCUGGGCAGCAUGAACAGGGAACUGGAUAUGCUGUGCAGCCCUACGGCACUGGAGCAUACACGCCAGUCCCCACCUCUCAGGGUGAGGAGCACGGAACAGGAGCCGUUAUGCAGGAGAAACCUUAUGCUCCUACUACUUAUAAGCCUUAUGAUCCCAGGUAG